GUAAAUUUGUUUGUUUUAUGGCAAACAGAAACACACAAUAUGUUCAAUAAUAUGGUUUUUAUCUCGCACUUUCUUCUUUAUCUUUUUUUCUUGUUUGCAAACUGUGAAGAUUUUUAUCGUUUGCUUGGAGUGUCACGAAAUGCUGAUAAUCGAGCAAUCAGAAGAGCUUUCAAGAAGUUAGCCUUGACCAAACAUCCAGAUAAAAAUCCUAAUGAUGAAAAUGCGCAUAAAGAAUUUGUGAAACUUAAUCGAGCUUAUGAAGUAUUAAUGAACGAAGAGUUACGAAGAAAGUAUGAUCAGUAUGGUGAGGAGGGUUUGAGCGAUGAUUUUGGUGGAGGAUAUCAGUACCAAUCGUGGCAGUUUUACCACGACAAUUUUGGAAUAUAUGAUGAAGAUAAGGAAAUAGUAACAUUAUCUCGAUCGGAUUUCGAAAGUACUGUAACAGAAACUGAUGAAUUAUGGUUUAUCAAUUUUUAUUCCACGUUUUGUUCACAUUGUCAUCGUUUGGCACCCACCUGGAGAAAAUUUGCUCAAGAAAUGGAAGGAGUCAUUCGCAUAGGUGCAGUAAACUGUGCCGAAGAUCCAAUGCUUUGUCGUUCACAAGGAGUGAUGAGCUACCCAAGUCUUAUUGUCUAUCCACAUCGUCGUUCUUUCAAAGGGGAACGUGAAGUAGACUUGUUAAUAUCAUUUGCAAUGGAUUUUAUCGAUGCUGAAGUAUUUGAUUUAGAGAACUCGGAUACUGGUCUCUUUAAUUCUUCUACGAGUGAGCGAAAUUCACUUAACUGGUUGUUGGACUUCUGUACGAAACAGACUGAUGUUUGUUUGUCAGAAUUGACAAGGAAGAAACUCGCAGCAAGUCUUAAUGGUCUUUUGAGUGUUGGAGUUGUAAACUGUGACAAAGCACCGAAACUUUGUACAUUGUUUCAACGCGAUAACGGUGUUGUGUACUACCGAAAUGAUAAUGCAUUGAAACCAGAUGAAUCCUUAGAGAUUGAUAGCCUCGAUUUCAGAGAAGUAGAAAUUACUGUUCUGAUGCAUGCAUUCAGUAUACCCUAUAUCGAUGGAACUUUGCAAAAUAUUGUUAAAAUUGAAAUGUCAGAGAAUUAUGCACUCUUGCAGGUAUAUUUUGCUGAUUGCAUUAAUUCAAAGAGUAUUUGUGACGAAUUACUAUUAAGUAAGUUUCCGAAAUGGGUGUUAUUUAAAAAACACGGAGGCUACGAAAUUUGUCAUGGAGUUAUGGGGACCAUAAACGAUAUUGUUCUUUUUGCUAAAGAGAGUCAUACUUCUCCACUUACUACUCUUACAUUUGAAACGUAUGCAGACGCUGUUAACUCAAAUGAAGAAUGGCUGAUUGAUUAUUAUACACCUUGGUGCCCGCCUUGCUUGCGUUUGUUGCACGAAUUAAGAAAAUUGCAUAAAUAUGUGAAAAAUAUUAAGAUUGGCUCUAUUGACUGUGAUCAGCAUGUAAAUAUUUGUGAUAGAUUAAACGUAAAUACUUAUCCGCGUAUAAUGUGGCAUAAAGAUGGUCGUUCAUAUACUCGUUCUGGCUAUUCGAAUGUUGGCGCGGUUGUGGAAUUUAUUGAAGAUGCACGAAAUCCAGCUGCCAUUUCUUUAUCACCAUUUGAUUUCGAAGAAAUGGUUCGACAUCGAACACAAAGCACCAUUUGGCUCGUUGAUUUCUAUGCACCGUGGUGUAAUCCUUGUAAUGAGUUGGCACCUCAAUACAAGAAACUGGCUCGAAAUAUGCGCAAAAAGGAAUUCCUUCAUUUUGGUAUGGUAGAUUGCGAUUAUUAUCGACCCUUCUGCACAAGUCAAAAUAUUCACGCGUAUCCAACUAUUCGUCUUUAUCUCCCUGGAUAUCAAACUAUAGAUUAUCCCUCAAAUUGGAGACGUGAUCAUUACUCUAUGGAAGUAUGGGUAUCCCAAUAUCUACCAUCAAAAGUUGUCAGUAUAGGCAAUGAAUUCUUUGACUUAGUGCUCACUGAUAAGAAACCGUGGCUAAUUGAUUUUUUUGUUACUUGGUGUUCACCCUGCAUUCAAUUCGCCUCCGUUUUUGAGCGCGUUGCUGAGAUUUUGGAAGGUCGCGUAAAACUGGCAAAAAUAGACUGUGGACAAUGGCAUAGUAUUUGUCAAGAUGUUAGAAUUGCUGAAUAUCCAUCUCUUCGAUUUUAUGGCGGCUCUCAAAAUACCCUUCGCCAAGAAAUUGGCGGAGUUAUAAUUGAAGUUCAAAAUGCAGAUCUCAUAGUGCAUCAGAUUGAGAGAGAGUUGACGAAAAUAAACAGAUCACAGAAGACUGAAUUGUAA